AUUGCAAAUACUGUACAGUUUCUUUACUUUCAGGAAAUCUACACUUUGAAGUUUGGGGUGCUUCCUGUACAGAUGGAAAAAGGAGGGAAGACCUUCCAGACUAUGAGGAAUAUCAAGACUGGAUAAAAAAAAAACGUGAUAUGGCAUAUGAGGAACGACAAAGAGAAUUUGAAGAAAGACGAAAUGCUCGACGGAGUAAUGGGAGAGGAAGAGAUGAUGAUAGAGGUUCUCGCUCAUUUAGGCGAGAUUCCUCUCCAUAUGAAGAUAGGAGACGGCGAAGCCCUUCUCCAUAUCAAGAUAGAAGACGACGACCAUCUGUCUCUCCAGAAAGAAGAUAUAGAGGAGGUAUGGACAGAGAAAGAGGGAGGGACAGAGAGAGAAGUCCCCGUGAUCGGGAUGGCUAUGAUCGAAGAGAUAGACAUCACGUAGACUCGCCCCGAGAAUUCUACCGACGCUCUCCACCACCACCUCGAACAUCUAUGUCACCAAGGGAUAGGUACUACUAGGAAAAUUGGAAAUAUUUUGGUUUUUGGAAAGGAAAUAAAAAUGAUUCAGGAUUGCCAGAUACGUAGUUUGAAUUACGUGUUCUAUAUUGCAGCUCCAGUCAUGAAUAUUUAGUAAUCCUACUACUCUACUUGAAUAUAACAUCGAGUUAAUAUUGAAAAUAUUUUUAAUCGUUUGGUAUAUUUAUUUAUUAUAAGGUUGAGAAUCCUGAUACUGUUGAAAUUAUGUAAACACGGAAAUGUUAUGUUUAAAUUUGUCAUUAUAUUAUUUUUAUGUUUAUCUAGUUUUGCUGUUUGUAAGUUAUGACUUAAUUAAUAUGGGAUAAUUCAAGUUUUGAGUCUGUUUCUGUAAGCUUACCUUGGUUUCCUUUUGUUAUUGUAAGCUUUCCUUUUUAUAUAUAAAUCAUUACAUACAUUGAACAUUUACUUAAGUAUUGGAGCUUUAUAAAUAUCACUGGUUACAAAACACUUAGUGCAGUUUGGGUUUUAUCAGUCAGUGGACCCUGUGUAUAUGGAGUUCAUUUCCUUUAGUUAUGUGGAAAGUAAAUCGUAUUAACAGGACAUUGGCAUCUUUUACCAUCACUUCUAAUGGCACAAAAUAGUCAUAAAUACAAAAUUUUAGUAAAAAUGCAAACAUUUUAUUCAAGAUGUAGUAGGGCUAAAAUGCAAAGUGAUUUCUAAGUGGUUUUAUUAGGCAACCCUGAAAAAUUCAAAUAUUCCUGUCCAGCCAUUUAUUCUGAAGUUUGUGGUAUACACUUCAAUGAUGGUAUGAUUUUAAUUCAGUAGUUUUUUAUACUAGGAAUUUAUUGUACUUUACUUUUCUUUAAAAAAUGUAUUUUAUUUUAUUCAUUUUUCAAACAAGUGAUCAGUCUCAAAGCCAUAGGGUCAUAUUUUCAGUAAAUGUUUUUUUUUUUUUUUUUUUUUUUUUUUCAUUUGAGGUUAAAAUUAUUUAUGGAGCUGAAAACCAGUUUUUGUAUGACUGUAGUAGUGGAUAAGAAUAUCUUACAAUAAAGUGAAAUAAGAUU